UCUCAUCGGACGAUCCUCCUCGGUAGGACGAUCGGUUUGUCUAUGGCACCGGAGGCAACCUGACAGUCCGUUUUAAAAUCCGAUCACAAUAGUACAUCAGCACGGAUGUAUUAAUUUAUAUGCCCAUUUAGAUUUAAACUUAAGGAGUGGCAUACCAUCGUGAAUGGAGUAUCUCAUCCCACAAAAGGUCCGUUUUUCACCCGUAACGUACCAUCGCCUGCGAGGAAAUCUGACCCUCCAGCUGCAGGAGGAGUGCUGUCGAGCCGAACAUUUUUCUCCACCGUCAUCCGAUCUGACACCAUAUCCAAUGGUUACAGCCUAACAGCCGUCACACCGCACGACACGGAGUUUUUCGACAGGACACACGAUUUUAAGUCACAAAAUGGCAGUUUUCAGCUCACAGGUGCUUCUUGCCGUAACAAGAUCAAGGGGAUCCUACAUGCUUUCUAAAAGACACGGUUGUGCUUCACUCCCGUCGAACGCAUGCAUAUGCUACCAUUCGGAGUUCCUCAGCCGGGCUGCCGUCACUAACAGGUGUCCCAGGCCGCUGUACCCCUGUUACACAUCCAGCUACAUCCGCCCUGGUUGCGUAGCUGCACGUCCCCUCCACAGUUCUUGUGCUUGGCUUCAAGAGGUGAAGGACACCACUGCGGGUUCUGAACCCAUCAAGGGUGAGCCUGUCCUUGCCGCCUCUGGCACUCAACCACCUCCAGCACCACCAGCAGUGCCAAGAAAGUCCCUGGGACAGAGAGUCCUGGAUGAGCUCAAGCAUUACUAUCAUGGCUUCCGUCUUCUGGGCAUCGACACCAAAAUCGCGGGCAGGAUGGUCUGGAGGUUACUGCACGGGCAGCAGCUCACCAGGAGGGAGAGGAGGAGGCUGAUGCGGACAUGUGCCGACUUGUUCCGGCUUUUGCCCUUCAUAGUCUUUGUCAUCGUUCCCUUCAUGGAGUUUCUGCUCCCUGUAUUCCUCAAACUCUUUCCAGAAAUGUUGCCUUCCACAUUUGAGACAGAGUCCAAGAAGGAGGAAAAACAGGAGAAGGGACUCGCUGCUAAACUGGAGCUGGCCAAGUUCUUACAGGAGACCAUUGCUGAGAUGGCCAGGAGGAAUAAAGCAGCUGUUGGAGAUGAGACUCAGAGGUUCUCGACUUACGUGCAGCAGGUGAGGCACACCGGUGAACAGCCCAGCACCAAAGACAUCGUGAAGUUCUCCAAGCUCUUUGAGGAUGAGCUGACGCUGGAGCAUCUGGAGCGGCCGCAGCUGGUGGCCUUGUGUAAACUGCUGGAGCUGCAGCCCAUCGGCACUAAUAACCUGCUGCGUUUCCAGCUGAUGAUGCAGCUGCGCACCAUCAAGGCCGACGAUGAGAUGAUCGCCAAGGAGGGUGUGACCACAAUGACUGUAGCCGAGCUCCAGGCCGCCUGCAGGAGUCGCGGCAUGAGAUCUUUGGGUCUGACCACAGAUCAGCUCCGACAGCAGUUGCAGCAGUGGCUGGACCUGCACUUGAAAGAGAAUGUGCCACCGUCCUUGUUGCUGCUUUCUCGUGCAAUGUAUCUGACGGACCUCGCUCCUAAAACUCCAGUCAUCCCACCGGUGCCCAAACUGGAGAAAGCCACUCCUCCUCCUGUGGAGGCCGAAACAGCAGCUAAAGGGAAUCCGCUGUCCUCCUCAGUGGAGGUGCUGGUGGAUUCUGCUCCGGUCAUCAAAGACAGAAAGUCUGAAGAAUUGUUGGAGAAACCCAGAGGGCUGGACAUGCCAUCACCCGAAGCUCAGUUAAUACAUGCUAAAGAGGCAGAGCUGUCACAGAAGUCCAAGAUGAGUGCCAAUGGGAUGUGAGAGGCACUCCAUGUUUCCUCAUUCUGUUGCAGAUGAGGGUGGAGGUUCGAGUUUGGCUGCUUCUGCUGAGGAAGCGUCUCUCACAGUCCAGGAUUUCCGAGGCCUUGCCGUCUCACACCUCUCAUACGGACCAGAUGGACUAGCCGCAUCACAUCCUCCAUCGACAUCUGGUCCUCAAAAAGGAGGAACAUUGUUUAUGUUAGAAUUUAGACAUCACUCCAGCUUGACAUCCGACAUGUUUACAUCUCCCAUCCCCCUGAAGAUUUGACGAAUAAUGUAAAUUUGCAAUGAAAAAAACAUCAAAAACCAGGAAAUGAAAAAAGGAACUCACAAGACUUGCCACUCUUUGCUGAACUUCAUUGUGUAAAUGUGUAAAUAAAUUGUACAAUACCUGCAUAUUAUAUAAGUGCUACUGCUUUAUACAGUCGGCUGUGCCAAAUGUGUGGGCUAGAAGGUGAAAGAAGUCAUAUUUUAAUAUGAGGAAUGCAUAUGCUUGCAUUCUGGAUUUAGUUUGGCAGAUGAAUUGUAAAUGGCCAAGUAUGUGGGUAUUUUUUUAUUUGAAAAUGUCAAAUUCCCUUUUCUAAGGGAAUUUUACGUUCACUCCCUCAGGAGAUUAGCGGUGUAGCGAUUACGCCAGGCCUGCCUAUGGCAGACUCUGCAGUUUAGCACAAAAAAUGUUUUAUCAUAAUCUAUGUAUUUAAUUUGUUCAUACUAUGCUGUGUCCCCCUUUCAAUCAUGCGUUGAAAUUUAACGCAUGAUUCAAGAAAAUCUAAAUGGAGUCGUAAAGUUAACGUUUCACUUAUGGUUAAAAAUAUUCAAAAUUCCCCUGAAGACAAACGUUAUUGAGUUUCAUGUUGUACUGGAUAAACUACUGGGAGGGAAAACAAUAUAGUAUGGCAGUACUGUAAAGUUUUAAUUUAAAAAGCAUUGAAUCCCCCAAAUGUUUGCUGUGUUUAUCCCAUAGCCUGCAUUCAACUCAACUGUAAACCUAAUUGAAUUUGUUGCGUCUGUAAACUGCCGUCCCAUUCUGUCCUGGUGCACUUUUUUUAUGUUGAUCAAUUGAUUAAAAUUGAAAAUUGAGUUUGAAACUGCCUCUCAUUGUGUUAAACCGCGUACCAUCUUUUACCACUGUACAGUCAAAAAGUAAAGGUGCUCAAUGCUCAUAUCUCUUUGUGUUGCACAUCCCAAUCAUUACCCCCGUUUAUUUAGUGUAAUGUGAACAAAUAAAAUGGUU